AUAAAACUGAAAAAUGACGAAUAAAGACGAUAAUGAAGAUGCAUCUAGCGAUACUCGAUUAGCUGAUUUAUUAGCUGUCCAUCUUGUUACCCAGGUUUUAGAAGAGGCCUGUAUUAUAGUAAAUAAUGCUAAAGAUUCUGGUCAGCCAUGGAGAUAUUUUAUAUCAAGUCUGAAAAAAAAUCGAAACCAUCGGUGGGAUGAGACUUACGAUGAUGAACUAACUUUUGUUGUUUCAAAAGAUGACAGUGAGUACGAGAAUCAAGAAAAUACUGUCGUUACUUCGACACCUCAAAAGAUAGAAAAUAUGAUCACAAAAUCUAGAAACGAAGCUAGUUUUAUGGGUCAAGGUGAUGAAGAGUUGGAAGUGAGAGGCCAUUAUGAUUUGCGUAAAUCCACAUCAAUGUUUAUAAACCAUCUAUUUGACAUGAGUAAUGUCGAGCAUGUAAUUAUUACCGAUACACAAUAUGUCAUGGAAAACAGAAAUAGUAGGUCUGAACAAUUUUUAAUAGAAACUAAUAAAAAUAAUAUGGAAUGCAAACAACAAAACUUUCAAGAUCAAUCAAAUACUUUCGAAGUGAAGAGUGAAGAAAAUUCAAGUUACUCGUUUUUAAACGAUGCUCUUUUCACUGAAACCCCUAAAGAUUACGAUUUUUUUAAAUGUGAUUAUGACAAAACUAAUGAUAACAAAGUACUGGAUGAUGUCCAAAAUUCUACAAGUAAAGAAUUGACGUGCAAUCUAAAUGAAACUAUAGGAAAUAUGGAUAAAAAUGAUCUCGCAUUGUACGAAAAUGCAUACUUAACCAUGAAUCGUGAUUAUGAUCAAAAUUCAGAAGAGGACGAGCCUAUCUUACAAGAUUCGAAGGUAGCUUCUUUGGAGGAAAUAGAUUUAAUAACUGUCAGCGCUUCUAAAGACAACGUUAUUAGUCAUGAGGAAUCAACAAAGGAAUUAAAGGCUGUAUCUGGUGUAUCGAAUAGCGGUACUAGUUCUCGAAAGGGUAAUAUUGUGCGCCGCUGUCGAAAUCAGGGAGCGAAACUUUUAUCAUGCUUAAGUGGAUGGCUAUGGCGUAAAAAACUGUUUGGAAAACGCAAAGGACCUCGUGUCUGCGGUUCGGUUCGAGGUCUAUGUUCUCUUUCGCCCGAUACUCGUCGUCGAGCGGCUAGUCUUCUUGACCACCGAAAUUUAAGCACACCUUCCCCUUCAAGAUCAGUCGUUUGGAAAUUUAAUACUGUCAACGAAGCUCUUGUUCAUUCUUCUCAUUGGAAAUAUUUUGACUUCAAGAUGAAUGUCAACGAAAACGAUGAAUUUUGA